CCCGCCCUCGCCCCGCCCCGCCGCGGCGCCGACCAAGGCCGUGGAGCGGUACAAGGGCUCGCAGGGCGGGGCGAGGCGCCGCUGUCCACCGCACGCCAAGAAGGGACUUUACCGUCCAAGGGCGCCAGUAGUCGCCGCCACCAUGGUACCCCUCCCCGCCCCGCACGCACCCACAAACGGAAACCAACCAACAUAUUAAUGCAAGUUUUCGACGAUCUGAAAAUGAAAAUCAUUAUUAUGCAGAUUCUGUGUAGUGCAUUUUUUAGUUUCAGGCUCGGGUAAAUCCCCGUUCGAGCGACGCCGAGGUCCAGCUUAGGGCUGGCAAGCGGUGGAGACAGGUGCGGGUCAGCGCAGGUAGACCUGUCCGCGUCCACCGCCACGCCAUCCCCAGCCACAGCUGCCGCCUCCAUAGUGCAGUGCAGGUGCAGACGCUUCACGCUUGCCAGUCGGCGAGUGGAAGUCGCACCAGGAGGAUCUACCUGUGCGGCCGUCAGAGCGGUCAUCGGCGACCUUGCCGGUGCCCCGAGGAGUGUGACAAGUGUUCAAGCGAUACAACGUGUAUCUCCUGUUCUACACCCAGGCCAUACCCGUUGGGUCUUUGCUACAAGGAGUUCUCUUCUUAAAACAACCGCACCAGUAGCAGAAUAACCAACAUGAGCAAGGCGCCAUCAUCGGAGCAGUGUACAAUCUGCAACAAGAAAUUUACAUCACGCUACUAUUUGCCAAGACAUCUCCUGACCCACACAGGAGAGAAGCCCUUUGAGUGCACCAUCUGCAACAAGAAGUUUAAAGAGUCGGGUAACUUGCGCGAGCAUCUCCGAAUCCAUACAGGAGAGAGGCCCUUUGAGUGUUCUAUCUGCGAUCAGAAGUUUGUACGAAAUAGCGCCUUACACAGACAUCUCCGGACCCAUACAGGAGAAACGCCCUUCGAGUGUACAAUCUGCAACAAGAAAUUUAAAUCACCCUGCUAUUUGCCAAGACAUCUCCGGACCCACACAGGAGAGAGGCCCUUUGAGUGCACCAUCUGCCAUAAGACGUUUGCAGAAACGAGCACCUUAAACACACAUCUCCAGACCCAUACAGGAGAAAGGCCCUUCGAGUGUGCAAUCUGCAACAAGAAAUUUAAAAAGAGUGAGUCUUUGCGCAGACAUGUCUCAUUGACCCACACAGAAGAGAGACCCUUUGAGUGCACAGUCUGCAACAAGAAAUUUAAAGAAAAGGUAAAAUUGCGACAACAUCUGCAGAUCCACUCAGAUGAGAGGCAGUUCGAAUGCGGGAUCUGCGAAAAGAAAUAUAAGCGUAAAGAGGGACUGACAAUACAUCUUCGGACGCACACCGGAGAAACACCUUCCGAGUGUUCAGUGUGCAACAAGAAAUUCAAAUCCAGAACUCUUCUGCGCUCUCAUCUCCAGACCCACUCAGCAGAAAGGUUCGAGUGUGCAAUCUGUAACAAGAAACUCAAACAAAGGAGCAUUCUGCUUGCUCAUCUCCGGACCCACACUGGGGAGAGGCCCUUUAGUUGUCCAUUAUGCGACAAUAAAUUUAAAACUAGUACCGUUCUGCGCACACAUCUCCGGACCCACACAGGAGAGAAGCCGUAUGAGUGCACAAUUUGCAACAAGAAAUUUAAGUUUAGUGACAAUCUGCGCGUACAUCUCCGGACCCACACGGGAGAGAAGCCCUUCGAGUGUACAAUCUGCAACAAGAAAUUUAUCCAACGGGCAACCUUGGACUCACAUCACCGGACCCACACAGGAGAGACGCCUUUUGAGUGUUCAAUAUGCAACAAGAAAUGUUCAACAGGUACCGCUUUGACCAUGCACUUCCGGACCCACACAGGCGAGAAACCAUAUAAAUGCACAAUCUGCAACGUGAAAUUUGCGAUAACAGGUAAUCUGCGCGAACAUUUGCGGACCCACACAGCCGAAAAACCAUUCAAGUGCACAAUCUGCAACAUGGCAUUUUCGGCACCAGAAGGUCUGCGCGUACAUUUGAGGGGACACACAGGGGAGAGACCAUACGAGUGUACAAUCUGCAACAAGAAAUAUGGAAAAAGUUCCUCUUUGAGAAGUCAUUUGCGGACGCACACACAAGAACGAGAGGGGCCCUUUAAAUGUACAAUCUGCAACAAACAACUCAAAACAAGUGGAGGAUUGCGCUAUCAUCUCCGCGUCCACACAGGGGAGCUGCCAUUCCAUUGUUCAGUCUGCAACAGAAAAUUUUCGCAUGGCUCAAAUCUGCGCUCUCAUCUUCGCACACAUCUUAGAGCAGAUAUGAGAGAUACUACUGAGUGAGAAGUAUUGUCUGAACCAGUUUUGAACGCUGGACAUCCAGCGUGUGCAUCUUUGAGGGCUCACAGCAAAUCGAAAAUAGACUACUUGAAAAGUGUUUUUUGUUUGUUUGUGUAAUUAAUUAUAAGAUCUAUUCAUUACCUUUGUUGUUUAUUUUUGAA